GGGCCGAGGCCUUGGCCAUCCGAAAGAGCUGAGGGGAAAGCCCGAGGGCUGCCGGGAAGGGGAGCCAUGCAGAGCUGGAGCGCAGUGUCCCGCACCUUGGCCAAGAGAGGCUGUUUCGGCCGAAUACCUCAUGGCCUGAAGGGAAUUUCUGCUGCACCUUUGAGGACCUACGCAGAUCAAGCGGUGGACGCCGAUGUGACGGUGAUAGGCUCAGGACCCGGAGGCUAUGUCGCCGCUAUCAAAGCCGCCCAGCUGGGCUUCAAGACGGUCUGUGUGGAGAAAAACGAAACCCUCGGAGGAACUUGUCUGAACGUUGGCUGCAUCCCUUCUAAGGCUCUGCUGAAUAACUCCCACCUCUACCACCUGGCCCAUGGCAAAGAUUUCGCGGCGAGAGGAAUUGAGAUUUCAGGAAUCCAGCUGAAUCUAGAGAAGAUGAUGGAGCAGAAGAGUGGAGCAGUGAAAGCCCUAACAGGUGGAAUUGCCCACUUAUUUAAACAGAAUAAGGUCGUCCACGUCCCUGGCUACGGAAAGAUCACGGGCAAAAAUCAAGUCACGGCAGCGAAAGCGGAUGGCAGCAAUCAAGUUAUCAACACCAAGAACGUUCUCAUAGCCACGGGUUCAGAAGUCGCUCCCUUUCCGGGAAUAACGAUUGAUGAAGAUACAAUAGUUUCAUCCACGGGUGCUUUGUCUUUAAAAAGAGUCCCGGAGAAGAUGGUUGUCAUCGGUGCAGGAGUCAUUGGCGUGGAAUUGGGUUCUGUUUGGCAGCGACUCGGGGCGGAUGUGACGGCGGUGGAGUUCCUGGGCCACGUUGGCGGAGUGGGGAUUGACAUGGAGAUUUCGAAGAACUUCCAGCGCAUCCUCCAGAAGCAAGGGUUUAAAUUUAAGCUCAAUACCAAGGUUACUGGAGCUACCAAGAAACCAGAUGGAAAAAUCGAUGUAGCUAUUGAAGCAGCCACUGGCGGCAAAGGGGAAGUGAUCACCUGUGACGUGCUCCUGGUUUGUAUUGGCCGGCGCCCCUUCACCCAGAAUCUGGGCCUGGAAGAACUGGGAAUUGAGCUGGAUGCCAGAGGUAGAAUCCCAAUCAAUUCCAGAUUCCAAACCAAAAUUCCAAAUAUCUACGCGAUCGGGGACGUAGUGGCCGGGCCCAUGCUGGCGCACAAGGCGGAGGACGAAGGCAUCAUCUGCGUGGAGGGGAUGGCCGGCGGGGCGGUGCACAUCGACUACAACUGCGUGCCGUCCGUCAUCUACACGCACCCCGAAGUCGCCUGGGUCGGCAAAUCGGAGGAACAGUUGAAAGAAGAGGGGGUGGACUACAAAGUGGGCAAGUUCCCGUUCGCCGCCAACAGCCGGGCGAAGACCAACGCCGACACGGACGGGCUGGUGAAGAUCCUCAGCCACAAGUCGACGGACCGAAUGCUGGGCGCGCACAUCCUCGGAGCGGGGGCUGGAGAAAUGGUCAACGAAGCUGCCCUGGCCAUGGAAUACGGGGCAUCGUGUGAAGACGUGGCCCGCGUCUGCCAUGCCCACCCGACGGUCUCGGAAGCCUUCAGGGAAGCCAACCUGGCCGCGUCAUUUGGCAAAGCGAUCAACUUUUAAAACCCCGGGGGAUCGUCGACCGUGUAAAUAUACCCUCCCGGGAGUCGGCCGGGAACUCGGACGUUCCCAAGGAAGGCUGUGCCGCCCGGCUCCAAGGACUGAAUUAAGUCACUGUUUUGUUCGGACGGCAGACGUUUAAUAAAUAGGUUUGGGCAGAACGGAGUUGACCCUGUAGCGCUAAUUCGAACAGGUAACAGUAGUGACAGCGCUGGCGUUUAUUAAAGUUCCCGUGGGCUGAUCGCUGAGGUAGAUAGAAGGUGGUGAGAAGAGACACGGCCUGAUCAGUCGGAUUCUCGUCCGUCUCGGUUCGGGCAGCGCGGCAAGGGCGAAAUGGAAGGCGCGACUUGCCCGCUUCCGUUGCGGCUGCAUGAGGAAGCCGGGAUUCGGCGUGUUUGCGCCUUUCUGCGUUUUUAACAGAUACCGUUCUGCCUCUGCCGGUGCGAUGACCUCUUUGAUAACGUCACCAGUGUGCUUUCGGCGCAGGGAAGGCUCCCCCUUAUAGACCGUUCUGACCGUUUUCCAAAGGCAGCCCCUUGUCCUCGGGAACGUCAGAAUCGCUCGCGGGAAUAAAGCGGGAGGAGCGCAGACCGUCGUGCUCACCCUCUCAUCGUGGUUUUCGCGUCGGAAAGGACCGAGAGAGGGGAUUUCGAACUGAAAUGCCAUGCGCGGAGACUAGCGUCAGAAUUAGCGAAGGAUGUUGGCAUUCAUCAGACUAAAGAAUCCGUGGGUUGGAGGAAUGUGGUGGAUAUUUGAAUUGGUACGACGCGAGCCAGAGAGCGUAAAUGCGUGCCUAAAUGCGUUCUGCAUUCAGGAGCCACGCGUUCGGUCCGAAUGCUAAUAAUUGUGUCCGGCAGCUCCAUCCACGGUGGACUGGCCCACUUGGCGAGCACAGAGAUUUUUACCCCCCAAGUCGUCUCAAUGGGAGGAGAGGUAGAGUGAAAUGUUGGAAAUGUUAAUUUAGUCACAUCGCUCAUUUAAUUUACGCUGUUAAAACUACAGCGUGUCUUGGAGGCGUUUGAAGGUGUACGGGGUAGAAAAACCGUCCACGGCUUGUUCCCGGCUUCUGUGUUUUAGUUUGGCGUCCUCGCGGCCUUGUGAAAUGUGACUUGGUUCACCUGUCCUGACGGAUGUAUAUUAAAUUGGAGAAAAAGC